AUGAGUCCCGCAGGAGGUUGCAGUGGGAUCCAGUGUGUGGUUAGACGCCGAGGAGUGAGCACGCGCGGAGCCACACAGGCGGGGCGUCACACGAAAGACUCGUACUACAAGGCCUCUUCCUCUCUCGUUCGUGUGUCUAAGAAGAAGUUGAAGCCUGAGGAAGGAGACACGAAGUCAACAGACGCAGAGAUGAAAAUGGGUGUCAGUGCCAACAUGAAGAGCAUUUCCCUCGCCCUCCUGUUGGCAGCGACGGUGGCACAGGUCACGUUGGCACAGGAUGCGUCCCUCGGGCAGCUUGAAUCCGAUUAUCUGCCACCACGCCCUGCCAACACUUUCGAGCCAGCGGGGAGCGUAGGCCUAGUAGCCGAAGUGGCCCCGUCACCUGCGGACUGCUCCCAGGUGUGCCCCUUCGACUACAGCCCCGUCUGUGGGAGCGACGGCGUCACGUACAGCAAUGACUGCACCUUCAGCGUCGCCGUCUGUAGGGACUCGAGCCUCCGUCGCCGCUACGCCGGUGCUUGUGCGGGGAGCGUAGGCCUAGUAGCCGAAGUGGCCCCGUCACCUGCGGACUGCUCCCAGGUGUGCCCUUUCGACUACAGCCCCGUCUGUGGGAGCGACGGCGUCACGUACAGCAAUGACUGCACCUUCAGCGUCGCCGUCUGUAGGGACUCGAGCCUCCGUCGCCUCUACGCCGGUGCUUGUGAGCCUCCUUCAGCCCCCGCCCCCCCACCCUCCCCGAUCUCAGAACCCUCCCCCAAGACGUCCUCCUCCCCCCUCCCCCCUCCGGUCAUCCCCUUCCCCCCUCCGUCCUUCGGCGUGAGAGACGGCGUCGGAAAUCUCGACGUCACGUUCGAUUAUAUUGACCCCGAAAACAUCCCUACUUUUGAUGUAGUGGACCCCACUGCCUGCCCUGAAGCCUGCACGCGUAUUUUCCUCCCCGUGUGUGGUACCGACGGGGUCACGUAUAAUAAUAAGUGCCUCUUGGAUAUCGCCGCUUGUAGGACCCAGCUGGAGAGCAGUCCGGUGCAGUUCGCCUUCGACGGAUCUUGUGAAACGCUUGAAUCUGUAGUGUCCGGCGUCUUAGGCAAUGUUGAACUCGGCAGUCCCUUGUCGUCUGCAACAUCCACUUCUUGCCCCGAAAAUUGCAACAAGAAGUUCGCUCCCGUGUGUGGCACUGACGGAGAGACCUACAACAACGAAUGCAUCCUCAAUGUUGCAAUUUGCAAUGCGCAGAAGAGGGGAGUGACGAUGGCUAAGUCUCAUGACGGAGCCUGUGCCCCGCCCCCCACCGCCGCCCCCGAGGGACCCGCCUUCCCCCCCGUAGUCAGGGACGAAGCCGCGGCUGCCACGCCUGCCCCUGCAGCAUCCUCUUGCCCCGAGAACUGCAACCGGAAGUUCGAGCCCGUGUGCGGCAGCAACGGAGAGACGUACAACAACGAGUGCAUUCUCAACAUUGCAAUUUGCCAGGCGCGGCAGACGGGGGUCAAGGUGGUCAAGGCCUACGACGGCGCUUGCGCGCCCCCGGCCACCGCCUCCGCCCCGCCGUCAGGAGUUGGCCCUCUCCUCGACGCCCUCAGCUCCAGAGGCGACGGAGAGGUGCCUUCCUGCCCCGAGAACUGCAACCGGAAGUACGAGCCCGUGUGCGGCACGGACGGAGAGACGUACAACAACGAGUGCAUUCUCAACAUCGCCAUUUGCAAGGGCCAGGCGAGAGGCGUGGAAAUUCGGAAGGCUUAUAAUGGCGUCUGCGACACAGCCACCUCCACCCGCACCCGCCCCGCGCAGCAGCAAGACGAGGACUACGGCGCCUUCGCCACGCAGGACGACGCCUCCGACUGCCCCGAAGUGUGUGACGACUCCUUCGCCCCCGUCUGCGGCACCGACUCCGUCACCUACGACAACCUGUGCUCUCUGAAGCAGUCCUCGUGCCUGACGAGGUCGGCCGGGGGAGGGGCGCCGCUGGUGACGAGGGCCUUCGAAGGACCGUGUGUGGCUGCUCUCCCUCGCGGUCCCGUUUGCAAAGAGGAGUGUGUCAAAACGUUCCUCCCGGUCUGUGGCAGCGACGGGGAGACGUAUAAUAAUAUCUGUCUUCUGAACCUCGCCGAUUGUCUCAAUCCCUUCGUUACGAUUUCUUUUGCUAAGGAUGGAGCUUGCUCAGACAGAGACGAUGACUCAUCUGCAGAUUCGGACGAGUUCGUGGGUCUUCUGUCGGACACCUUCCCUGACCCCGGUCCUCCUCCUCCUCCUCCUGGCUCCUCCUCCUCGUCUGACCUGACCUCGUCUGACCUUACGCCCCAUGGAGGUUACUUACCACCUGUGUGAUUCGUUUUUUUUUUUUUUUUUUUUUUUUUUUUAGCGUUAAUCUAGGGUGUGCUGGUGAGAGGAAGAGAAAGGGGGAAAAAUAUAGGCGUAUAUAGUUAAAUCCGAUGAUGAUUGUAGAAAUAGAAUACCGAAAAACUGUGAUUGAUUGAUGAAUUUGUAGAUUUAUAUGUGGAUUGAAUAAAAUUUUGAGUAAAA